AUGGAAAGAUCAGGAGGCUGCUGGGUCUCUGAGAUCAAACUGAGGCACAUUGAGGCACCGAUAAACCUCAUGAUCAAACCACACAUUAUGCGUAAUGCUGUCAAGUAAAGUCUGCAGCUACAUUCUCUGGGAUUAGGCCUAUCCCAGCACACUGUCUGAUAAGUAUUGUCAUGUCAUGACUUGCCCUCAUGGGCUGAGGAUCAAAGAUACCGGCCAGGCAGAGGUUUGAACACCCCCUUUCCUGGGGGCCAGUUUUAUGACCAGUCGUAAAUACCCAGACCAGCAAGCCCCACGGCUUAAAAUGGUUGAAACUCUACAGACCAACAGACGUGAAGCGUGAGCCAAAUGUUGUAAAAUUGUUGAAUUUCUACAAGACCAGAAAGACCAGAAAACGUGAGACGUUAGUCCACACGUUUGAAAUGGAGAAACUCUGAAACUCUCAACCUUUACACGAGAUGAAGAAGAAGACAAUGCACUAGACCUUAUCAUUUCAGUCUGCAGCUGGCAUGUAUAGUCGUCUAGAGAACUUUCACUAAAGACACGAAGUGGGAAGGACAAUCCCUCUCAGACAACCGCUGGUAUAUCUGAAGUAUCCAUUCUAACCUGCACUAUGACCAGAAACUCUACCAAGGACAUUGGGAUCUCUGGUGGGCAAACCAGAGUCCUACAUCAUCAACUCAACUAUCGAGGACAGUUACACGUAAAUACAUGUUGCAUAAGUAUUAUGAUUACUGUGAGCAUAGUCUCCAAAGGAACCACGAUAGCUUGAAUCUCUGUCUCUCCCUUCCACUCUGACCCUCCUUCUACCCAAGCAGUCAUGCGAUUGUUAGUCCAGUCCACUAGGGACCUGUUUUCAUUGUAUUACGUCAGUAAUCAAUAACCUAUGUUAUGUUAUUGUGUUAUUAUUUAGAUAGUUAGUAAAUAAAUAAAUAAUUAAGUCAAUUUGUGUAUUGCUGAUUCAUCAGUAAGGUUGCAGGUUCAAGGAUUAUGCGACGUUCAGAAUGAGACUGAUAAGAGGUCUCCCAUCUGGAUUACUGCAACUCGCUGUUGGCUGGGCUCCCUGCCUGUGCCAUUAAACCCCUACAACUCAUCUAGAACGAUGCAGCCCGUCUGAUGUUCAACCUUCCCAAGUUCUCUCACGUUACCCCGCUCCUCCGCACACUCCACUGGCUUCCAGUUGAAGCUCGCAUCUGCUACAAGACCAUGGUGCUUGCCUACGGAGCUGGGAGGGGAACGGCACCUCCUUACCUUCAGGCUCUGAUCAGUCCCUACACCCAAACGAGGGCAUUGCGUUCUUCCACCUCUGGCCUGCUGGUCCCCCUACCUCUGCGGAAGCACAGUUCCCGCUCAGCCCAGUCAAAACUGUUCGCUGCUCUGGCACCCCAAUGGUGGAACAAGCUCCCUCACGACACCAGGACAGCGGAGUCACUGACCACCUUCCGGAGACACUUGAAACCCUACCUCUUUAAGGAAUACCUGGGAUAGUAUAAAAGUAAUCCGUUUGUAACCAAACCCUUAGCGCAACAAGCUGGAUGUUCUUUAGGGAGAGUGGGAGCUCAGAAUGCCAGGAGAUGAGAACCACCGCCAUCUAGUGGAUAUAAACUCACCAAUGAAAAACUCACUAAUAUAAUAAACUCACUAAUAUAAUAAUAAUAAUAAUAUGCCAUUUAGCAGACGCUUUUAUCCAAAGCGACUUACAGUCAUGCGUGCAUACAUUUUUUUGUGUAUGGGUGGUCCCGGGGUUCGAACCCACUACCUUGGCGUUACAAGCGCCGUGCUCUACCAGCUGAGCUACAGAGGACCACUGUAUAAACUCACUAAUGCCCUAUGCACAUAGUCAUUGAACACUGGUCACUUUAAUCAUGUUUACAUACUAUUUAUAAAUCUUCUGCUGUACUACAUUUGUUAUUUUAUUUAUAUUUGGGACUAUUGUGUGCUUGUUGACAUUUACUGCAUUGAUUGAUAGGAACUAGGAACAUAAGCAUUUCGCUACACCCGUCAUAAUACCUGAUUUGAUUUAAUGGGCCAUUUUUAUCCAAUGAUGAGCAAUGUCUGUGUCUGUAUGACAUGUACAGGACCAGUACAUUUUUCCUGGUCAGGAAAUUAUUCAUCUUAGUCAGGGCCAAGAGUGUUUCCUGACCCCCUUAUCAAACAAAAACUCUUGGUCUUAGUCAUGUUUCGUAUGAUUAGUCUGGAGUUUUCUCCUGGCCCUAUAUUUGCCACAGCCUAGCCUACACUGUACAAUCACUACAGUACAUUACAAUAGGCAAUAAUAACACUGAUAAUAAUACGAAUUUUGAUUUCCAAUCACUGGUCUUAUUAUUUUAUGUGAAGAAAUCCCUUACUGUCCUGCUGGGUGGCUGGUGCUGGUCUGGUGUGAUGAACUGGACAGUGGUAGUGAUGGGCUGUCCGUGUCCACUGUCAUUCCAUGACAACUUCCAAAGACUUAUCAUAUUUCUGCAGCAGACCUGUGAAUUAUUAGUAUUAGUAUGGUCCUCUGUAGCUCAGCUGGUAGAGCACGGCGCUUGUAAUGCCAGGGUAGUGGGUUCGAUCCUCGGGACCACCCAUACACAAAAAUGUAUGCACACAUGACUGUAAGUCGCUUUGGAUAAAAGCGUCUGCUAAGUGGCAUUAUAUUAUAUUAUAAGUAUUACCAACUUAUCAAAUAGAAAACAUUGACUGGUUCUGUGCAAUUAUAAGCAGGCAAGCCUAUGUUUGAGUCACAAAUGGGAUGUAGAGUUUUAUUUGUCACAGACGGAAAUACAAAUGCACCCAUUACACAUUAGAGUCUGCUGCUGCCUAUUGAAAUCACUGGCCACUUUAAGAAAUGGAACACUAGUCACUUUAAUAAUGUUUACAUAUCUUGCAUUACUCAUCUCAUAUGUAUAUACUGCAUUCUAUUCUAUAAUAUUCUACUGUAUCUUAGUCCAUGCCGCUCUGUCAUUGCUUGUCCGUAUAUGUAUAUAUUCUUAAAUUCCAUUCCUUACUAGAUUUGUGUGUAUUGGGUAUAUGUUGUGAAAUUGUUAGAUAUUACGGAGCUAGAAGCACAAGCAUUUCGCGACACCCGCAAUAACAUCUGCUAAACAAAUAAACAUUGAUUUGAUUUAAUGUGAAAGUGUGGUAGGUAGCAUCUUUUCUUCUUCUGAAAGUGUUUCCCCAGACCAAUGUGUGAGUUUAUGCAAACUAACAAUCCAACACCAGGUUUACAGAUAAAUUGUGGUUGAAUAUCUUUACAUUUAAAAGUUGUUCAUAGGUUUAUGUGAUGAUUACCUGAUGUGUGUACACUGCUUCUAAACAUUACAGUGGCCAUAACAUACCUGUAACAUAAUCAAAGACAGCUAAGCAGACAGAUAUACAAGAUAGGCAAAGCCGGGUAAAGUAGGAGCUGACGUAAUAAGUUAGUCAUCUAAAAGAGGGAGAUUUCAAUGACAGCAUUGAGAAUUUCCCUCUGUUCAGUAGGCUAGAGAGCAAGCCUAAUCACACAUGGCUGGUAUACAGGCAUGAACAAACAGAGCAAAGAAUGAGGGGAAAGGGGCAAUAGUAGCUAAAAAUAGUAGCUAAUAAUAGUAGCUAAUAAUAGUAGCUAAUAAUAGUAGCUAAUGCAUUUCAGAAGAUAAGGUGCCUUUAUUCUAUUCAAUUGACAUGUGCACUUACGCCUAUGGAACAAAAUCGAAUUUCUACAGUGCACGGUCAUGUACACAGUGAUGUAAAGUACUUAAGUAAAAAUACUUUGAAGUACAUUUUACAUUUAAGUCAUUUAGCAGACGCUCUUAUCCAGAGCGACUUACAGUUAAUGAGUUUCAAGUACUGCUUAAGUAGUUUUUUGGGGUAUCUGUACUUUACUAUUUAUAUUUUGGACAACUUUUACUUUUACUCCACUACAUUCCUAAAGAAAAUAUGUACUGUUUGUACCCAUAUAUUUCCCCUGAAACCCAAAGUACUCUUUACAUUUGGAAUGCUCAGGCAGGACAGCAAUAUGAGCCAAUUCACACACCUAUCAAUAUAACACAUUGUCAGCUCUACUGCCUCCGAUCUGGCGGACUCACUAAACACAAAUACUGUGUUUGUAAAUUUGGUCUGAGUGUUGGAGUGUGCCGUUGUCUGUUCAUAAAUUAAAAGUACAAUACAUUUGUGCCGGAUGGUUUGCUUAAUAUAAGGAAUUUGAUGUAUAACAUUUGCUUUUACUUUUACUCAAGUAAGAAAAUGAAGUACUUUUUCCACCACUGUACUUAAGUACAUUUUAAACCAGAUACUUUUAGACUUUUACUCAAGUAGUAUUUAACUGGGUGCCUUUCACUUUUACUUGAGUAUUUUCCAUUAAGGUAUCUUUACUUUUACUCAAGUAUGACAGUUGAGUACUUUCUCCACCACUGCAUGUACAUGCCAUUUCUACAGUGCAGGUCAUUGAACAGGGAAACUCCACAGCCAGUGUUAUAAAGGUUCACAAUAAACUAGAGGUGUCCCAAUACUUGGACAAUAUCAAAAUAUUAGGCCUAACCCACAGUGACUAAGGAUAAUCAUUUUUGAAGAAAAAUGUGUGGAUUAAAAAAAUCAUUUGGCCAGAAAAUUAGAAUUCUAUAGACUAUGACUGAGUCACAUUAAAACUGUUUGUUGGUAUUGGUAUUUUAUUAGGAUCCCCAUUUGCUGUUGCAGUAGCAGCAGCUACUCUUCCUGGGGUCCACACAAAACAUGAAACAUGAAAUAAUACAGAACAUUUAUAGACAAGAUCAUGUAAUUCUGUGAUGGCUACUAUAAUAUCUAAAUGUUUUGCCUUUAAUGCUGAACUGUAAAAAAAACAUAUCCCCUGCUCACGCAUGUCAGGCCUACGCCAUAGGGCCAGACAGGUCCAAUGGCGACAUCAACAGGCCAACUAAGCCCAAACUAAUAUUGUCAUGCGUACCAGUUCUUGAUUGGUGGUCCCUGAAACACACCCACUCUCGACACAUUUUUUAAAAAGCGACUAGCGACAAAUCUAGCGACUUUUUCUGGUGUUAUUGGAGACUCUGACGUGAAAGCACGUAUCGUUCUUACUCUUCUCAACGAGCAGCGGGUGCUUUGUUACCCCGUCCCAAAGCACUCACAGGCGGCCCAGUCCUCGCGCAGCAGUCCCUCCCAGCUGCAGUCAGAGCAGGAGAUGUUCACCACUCCGUGUCCAGACUGCAAAUGAAUCGCGCAUGCGGGAAGCCACGGCUGGCUGAUCCCGCCCUGGCUUAGAUUCAGGGCGGGAUGUUUUUUACUCACUUUUUGUCUCUCCCACAACGUUAUUCCUCUCUCCUACAGCGUCCAUCACAAUUACAUGCACAUGGCCAAUUACGCAAAGUAGGUGAUGGCGUCAUUUAGCGACUUCUAGCGACUUUUAGGACAGCCAAUAGCUACUUUCCUUACUGAGGAGUUGGCAACAUUGAGUCUGCACAAACGAGCUGGCGGCAGUACACUUUUUGGGAUGUAGGUCGACAAUAAAACCUUAAAGAAGAAAAAGAAGUGCACAAAUGCAAAAUGACUGUUUUUAUGAAUUUCUUUAUGCUUAUUUUCAAGCUAGUAACCUUGCCCCUCUAAUUAAUGGAGGCAGUUGGCAUAUAUGGCAUCUACAAGCGUUUCUUUCCAUUUCUUGUUUACAAGAUAUCUUUCACCUACAACAAAAAAAUGCACGACAAAAAGAAGGACCUUUUCAGCGAUCUCUCAGAGUUCACGGUUGGCAGUGGCCCACUUCGCAUAUUGAGGCCUGUAAGUUGAUUAUCUUAUUUACAUUGGAAACAUAUGAGCGUUUAUGCAUGGGAAUGGAAGCAGUAGGCUACAUCCAUUCUCAAAUUGAACAUAUUGGCCAUGGUCUCAGCUUUCAGCAUAAUACAAUUCAGUCUUUCAGAAAUGCGAGGUCUGUCAACAGAUAUUACAUAACUGAGGUCCCAACUAAUUUAGAUUAGAUAGAGGUGUCUUGACGAUUAAACCACUUUCCUACGAAUCAUGGCAACAGUGUUACUAACCGGUACACCCUGUAUAUAGCCUCCCUACUGUUAUUUUAUUUUACUGCUGCUCUUUAAUUAUUUGCUAUUUAAAUUUUUUACUGAACACUUUUUUAUAUUUUCUUAAAACUGCAUUGUUGGUUAAGGGCUUGUAAGUAAGCAUUUCACUGUAAGGUGUUGUAUUCGGCGCAUGUGGCAAAUAACAUUUGAUUUUAUUUGAAAAUGAUGUAUUUUAGGAGCCAAAAUGGCAACACUAACUUUCAAUUUGCAUUAUAAACGUUGUCCAUCUCACAAAGUUCUGAAACCAAGCCUAUGUCGAGUUGUGGUUUUAAUAAAUGAUUAAUAGUAGCCUAUAGGUUUUGCUGAUAGCUGCUUUAUUGAGGAACAUUUUUAUAUGAAUCUAUGGCUGUUUGCUACAUUACAUCUUUUGGACUUUUUUAAUUGAUUCUUGAAAUAAAUGCCUAAUGAGUUUAGUGCAUCUGUAAUACCUCAUCAGAACCCAAAAUAUACGCUUGUUUUACUCUAUUGUUUGUGACCAAUGUAAUUGUAAACAAACGUUGUAUAGCCUCAACACUGGUUAAAACUACACAUUUUAUAUCAUGGAUGGUCAGUCCUUGCAUCCAUAGCAUCUGUCUAUAAAUUUGAGAGGGGUUACAUUUCUCCAUCCCUCGACUCUUUACCAAAACAGUGGCGGGGUGCCUGCUUUGUUAUUGUUUGAACUGAAUGCACUGUUUAAAAAUGAAUGCUCUGGAUAAGAGCGUCUGCUAAAUAACUAAAAUGUACAUGUGAAAUGUAAUAUGGGAAGCUGCAAUGAGCUAUCCAGCCAGCAAUUUUAUGUUGCACUACAAUCAGCAUUUCAACUGAUCAAAGCUUUAUGAUUAGUUGAUUAUUUGAAUCAGCUGUGUUGUGCUAGGGCAAAAGCCAAAACGUGCACCCCUUGGACUGAGUUUGGGAAACACUGCUGACUACAUGCACUGUAACUACUGUAAGUCAAUUUAGCUGAUUGAAUCAGUAACUUCACGAGGUGCUGGGCCACGAACACACCACUGUGCAGGGUACUUGUACCACUGAACCCAAAUGCCCUUGUGGCUAUGGCUAGAUUUAGAAUACUUUGUUAUUAUGUUUAUAAGUUGACUAAAUAGUCAGUUUUAACUACGCUCUACUGACUGUGAAUUUUUCUACUAAACAGUGCAAUCUUUCUAUGUUCUGCUGAAUGGAGGUUUGGAAAAAAAUACUUACCACUGGUAACUUUUAUUGUUGUCAAUGUCCAACAGGGUGGUGCUCUGUACUUCUUGGAGCAUGUAGUGGCGGACCCCUCCUAUUGGAUAUAUUUCUUCCAGCAUGUCCUCCAGCCGAUUUGGUACUACUUUGGGGAUGGAUGUGAGGUAGUCAGGUCGACAUGGACAGAUCUGGAGGCUGCUGGGUUCUCUGAGCUCAAACUGAAGCACAUCGAGGCACCACUCAACUUCAUGAUCAAACCACAUAUUAUGGGCCAUGCUGUCAAGUAAAGGCCUAUCCCAGCAACUGUUUGACAAAUAUUGUCAACGCCUAUGUAUUCAGUGUGAAUUUCUUGGUCAUUGCUUUUGUUAUUUACUUGUGCAUAAAUGUAAUUAAACUGGCUUAGAAAAUAGGAAUGGCAUACGUAUACUGAACAAAAAUAUCAACACAACAUGUAAAGUGUUGGUUCCAUGUUUCAUGAGCUGAAAUAAAGUGAGCAUUUCUCAUUUGUCAAGAUAAUCCAUCCACCUGACAGGUGUGGCAUAUCAAGAAGCUGAUUAAGCAGCAUGAUCAUUACACAGGUGCACCUUGUGCUGGGGACAAUAAAAGACCAAUCUAAAAUGUGCAGUUUUGUCACACAACGCAAUGCCACAAAUAUCUCAAGUUUUGAGGGAGCGUGCAAUUGGCAUGCUGACUGCAGAAAUGUCCCCCAGAGCUGUUGCUAGAUAAUUACAUUUCUCUACCAUAAGCCAUCUCCAACAUUGAUUUAGAGAAUUUGGCAGUACAUCCAACUGGCCUCAAAACCACAGACCAUGUGUAACCACGCCAGGCCAGGACCCCCACAUCCGGCUUCUUCACCUGCGGGACAAUCUGAGACCAGCCACCCGGAGAGCUGAUUAAACUGUGGGUUUACACAACCGAAAUAUUUCAGCAAAAACUGUCAGAAACCAUCUCAAGGAAGCUCAUCUGCGUGCUCGUCGUCCUCACCAGGGUCUUGACCUGACUGCAGUUUGGUGUCGUAACCGACUUUAGUGGGCAAAAGCUCAACUUCGAUGGCCACUGGUACGCUGGAGAAGUGUACUCUUCACGGAUGAAUCCCGGAUGAAUGCAAUAGCUCCAUCAUGAGGCAGGAUGAAAAGCUACCAGAUUAGCACCUUCCUCCUGAACCGCCCUGAUCCCUGUAUCACCUUGCUAUUAGCUAAAUCCUACCUCACCUAGACUGCCUGCAGUGUGCUUCUUUUGUUCACAUGGGAGGUUUCACCGGGAAAAUGACACAUCUUAUGAUGAACUUCUGCAAGUUAAUAUGUUUGGCGAUAACCUUACCCCUCCAACUAAUAGAGUUUGUGGGUUUAUAUGGCAUGUACAAGCGUUUGUUUCCGCUUCUUGCUUACAAUAUAACUUUUUCAUACAACGACAAAAUGCACGAAAACAAGAGGAACCUUUUCCGAGACUUGUGCAAAUUCUGCAACACGGACGGUACACUUCGACUUCUGGAGAUUGGCUGCGGUAGUGGGGCCAACUUCAAAUACUAUCCAUACGGAUGCACGGUCAUUUGUACAGACCCCAACCCUCACUUUGAGAAGUACCUGCAGAUGAGUAUGACAGCAAGCAACCACCUGACCUAUGAAAGCUUUGUGGUUGCCUCAGGAGAGGACCUGAGUGUAGUGCAAGAUGAGUCUGUGGAUGUUGUUGUCUGCACGCUUGUGCUGUGUUCUGUCAACAACGUGCCACAGGUACUGGAAGAGGCAAGACGGAUACUCAGAAAAGUGAGUUAAUAGUUUCAGCUAGUAGGUUAUGUGUGUCAGGCAAGGGAGACGUAGCCUGCCCUAUAGGCCUAAUAAGAGUUAUUGUUCCAGCAAAAUGAUAAUUGAGCUCUACUGUACAUUUCAGACUCCAAUAGUGAAUUGAGAGUGCUCUAACUUGCCCCAUGUUGUCCUUGUGUUAAAAGUUAAGCUUGUAGCGACGUUAAGUCUUAAGUAUUUUUAGACACCUAAAGCUUGUGACAAAUCCCUUGUCUGUAAACAAGAGGUGUGUGAAACCACCCAACACAGUAUAAACACCUUGCCUAACCAAGCCAUGUAAUUAUAUCAAUGUUAUCAAUAUUUUUACACAUGUAGCCUAGGCUUUCUACUAUGUCUUACAUUUGGGUUAAGCCAAGCACAUUUGACCAAGUCUACCAAACAUUCGAUUUGAUAUCUGGUGGUUGGGUGGGACUGGGAUAGAUAGUGAUAUGUACGUUUUUGUAAAGUUUCCCAUUGCCUUUUCAGUCACCAGAUCAGACACCUACAGUUGAAGUUGGAAGUUUACAUACACUUAAUUUGGAGUCAGUAAAACUAGUUUUUCAACCACUUCACACAUUCCUAUUUAACAAACUAUAGUUUUGGCAAGUCGGUUAGGACAUCUACUUUGUGCAUGACACAAGUCAUUUUUCCAACAAUUGUUUACGGACAGAUUAUUUCACUUAUAAUUCACUGUAUCACAAUUCCAGUGGGUCAGAAGUUUACAUACACUAAGUUGACUGUGCCUUUAAACAGCAGAAAAUUCCAGAAAAUGAUGCCAUGGCUUUAGAAGCUUCUGAUAGGCUAAUUGACAUAAUUUGAGUCAAUUGGAGGUGUACCUGUGGAUGUAUGUCAAGGCCUACCUUCAAACUCAGUGCCUCUUUGCUUGACAUCAUGGGAAAAUCAAAAGAAAUCAGCCAAGACCUUAGAAAAAAAUUGUAGACCUCCACAAGUCUGGUUCAUCCUUGGGAGCAAUUUCCAAACGCCUGAAGGUACCACGUUCAUCUGUACAAACAAUAGUAUGCAAGUAUAAACACCAUGGGACCACGCAGCUGUCAUACCGCUCAGGAAGGAGACGCAUUCUGUCUCCUAGAGAUGAACGUACUUUGUUGCGAAAAGUGCAAAUCAAUCCCAGAACAACAGCAAAGGACCUUGUGAAGAUGCUGGAGGAAACAGGUACAAAAGUAUCUAUAUCCACAGUAAAACGAGUCCUAUAUCGACAUAACCUGAAAGGCCGCUCAGCAAGGAAGAAGCCACUGCUCCAAAACUGCCAUAAAAAAGCCAGACUACGGUUUGCAACUGCACAUGGGGACAAAGAUCUUACUUUUUGGAGAAAUGUCCUCUGGUCUGAUGAAACAAAAAUAGAACUGUUUUGCCAUAAUGACCAUUGUUAUGUUUGGAGGAAAAGGGGGGUAAUUGCAAGCCGAAGAACACCAUCCCAACCGUUCGGCACAAGGGGUUGGCAGCAUCAUGCUGUGGGGGUGCUUUGCUGCAGGUGGGACUGGUGCACUUCACAAAAUAGAUGGCAUCAUGAGGAAGGAAAAUUAUGUGGAUAUAUUGAAGCAACAUCUCAAGACAUCAGUCAGGAAGUUAAAGCUUGGUUGCAAAUGGGUCUUCCAAAUUGACAAUGACCCCAAGCAUACUUCCAAAGUUAUGGCAAAAUGGCUUAAGGACAACAAAGUCAAGGUAUUGGAGUGGCCAUCACAAAGCCCUGACAUCAAUCCUAUAGAAAAUGUGUGGGCAGAACUGAAAAAGCGUGUGUGAGCAAGGAGGCCUACAAACCUGACUCAGUUACACCAGCUCUGUCAGGAGGAAUGGGCCAGAAUUCACCCAACUUAUUGUGGGAAGCUUGUGUAAGGUUACCCAAAACGUUUGACCCAAGUUAAACAAUGUAAAGGCAAUGCUACCAAAUACUAAUUGAAUGUAUGUAAACUUCUGACCCACUGGGAAUGUGAUGAAAGAAAUAAAAUCUGAAAUUAAUCAUUCUCUCUACUAUUACUCUGACAUUUCACAUUCUUAAAAUAAAGUGGGGAUCCUAACUGACCUAAGACAGGGCAUUUUUACUAGGAUUAAAUGUCAGGAAUUGUGAAAAACUGAGUUUAAAUGUAUUUGGCUAAGGUGUAUGUAAACUUCCGACUUCAACUGUAGCUACUUUUGAUUGAUUUGACUGGUUUUGUGAAAUGAGAAUAGAAUUUACCCAUUUGUUGUCCAACAGGGUGGUGCUCUGUACUUUCUGGAGCAUGUAGAGUCAGACCCCUCCUCUUGGAUAUACUUCUUCCAGCACGUGCUCCAGCCGAUGUGGUACUACCUGGGGGAUGGCUGCGUGGUUACCAGGGCAACAUGGAGAGAUCUGGAGGCUGCUGGGUUCUCAGAGUUCCAGCUCAGACACAUUGAGGCUCCGCGGGUCACUUUCAUGAUCAAACCGCACAUCCUCGGAUAUGCCAUCAAGUGA